CAAAUUGAUGUGUGUGUGCACGAUGAGACGUUUUGCGUGGUCUCGAAGCGAUUUAAAAAGAACUACAUCCACCGUUUCACCGCCACCAACUCUUUCUUCUGGUUCAGCCCUUUCAGCAGCGCUCGCCGUGCCUGCAUCUACCUCAGCACGAACCAGUACUUCGACUACGUCGUCAUGGCAACUAUUCUGCUAAAUUGCGUCUUCCUAGCCAUGACGGAAACUGUUGAAGAAGCUGAGUACAUAUUUCUCGCGAUCUACACCGCCGAAAUGCUGAUCAAGUCGGUGGCCAAGGGUUUUAUCCUGAACAAAUAUACGUACCUUCGAAACCCUUGGAACUGGCUGGAUUUUGUAGUCAUCACAUCGGGUUAUGCGACCAUAGGCCUCGAUAUGGGAAAUCUGGCCGGGUUGCGGACGUUCAGGGUACUUCGAGCACUAAAAACCGUCUCCAUAAUGCCUGGGCUGAAGACAAUCAUAAACGCGCUUCUCCACUCCUUCAAGCAGCUCGCCGAAGUAAUGACACUGACGAUAUUCUGUCUCAUGGUCUUCGCACUUUUUGCUUUGCAAGUUUACAUGGGCGAAUUGAGGAACAAAUGCGUUCUCGAUCCGCCUGAAUUAUUCUAUUCACCAGAAAUUUACGGUAAUAUAAGCCUGGACAAGGCGUGGCACAAUUGGACGUGGAGUCCAGAAAAUUGGUUAUUGGAUGAAGAAGAUGAACCCAUAUUGUGCGGAAAUCUAACCGGGGCGCGGCACUGCCCUGGCAAUUAUACGUGUUUGUGCGUGGGAGAAAAUCCUAAUAAUGGAUACACGAAUUUUGAUAAUUUCAUGUGGUCGAUGUUGACCACAUUUCAAUUGAUAACUCUGGAUUAUUGGGAGAACGUUUAUAAUAUGGUAUUAGCAUCAUGUGGCCCGAUGAGUGUGUCAUUUUUCACCGUGGUUGUGUUUUUUGGUUCAUUCUACCUCAUAAACUUAAUGCUCGCCGUCGUCGCGCUGAGUUACGAAGAGGAAGCGGAAAUUACGCAAGAGGAACGUAAAAAAGAUCUUACAGAGCACAGAGAUGAUUCGACAUUUAGCUUCGAUCCUUCAUGUCUAGAUGUACGAAAAUUAGAUAAAAAUUCUCAAAAGAGAAUAGAUGCCAGGAAAGGUGUCCUUCUAGCUUCGUAUUCCAGGAAAAAAAUGAGGCGGAAGAAAAGAGGAAGACAUGAAGGCAAUGGCGGAAAUGGUAACGGUAUGAGAUCGGCAACGCCAUCACCAUCGCCAUCUCCUCGCCGAGACGCCGUAGUAGCCGAAUCACAAGGUGCUCCGCCGCCGCCCCAAAAAUUAUCCCCAGAACCUCAACAAAGGGCUCGAGCUCCCCAAGCACCAAGGGUAGUGCUUUUAUCCGGUGUUAAGGACCAACAAGAGAGAUCUGCUGAUACGCUGCAUCCGUGUAAUGCAUUGGGUCCUCAAUAUCGUGGUCAAUUAGGGCCCCAUAGCCGUCAAGCGAGUAGUAACAAUAGUGAUGGCAAUAAUCGCGAAUCUUCUUUAGAUGAUAGUGGUGUAGUCGAUGACCACUGUGAUGAAGACGCUACUAAUAGAAUAGGAAAAGUAACGCCAGUUACUGUGGCGUUAACAAGAAAAGACGGCCGAAUCGUGCGUUGCAACGGCGUCAACGCGAACAGAAAAUUAAGGAAACAGCAAAUGUACAGCUUGCCGCCCGAAUAUAUGUCGCAAGUUGUAGUUAUAGAUGACAUACCAGAUCGAAACUGUGCAAGAUGCGUUCAUUGUUGCAUAGAUUAUGCAGGAUGGUUACAAUUUCAACAAUGUCUCUAUAAUAUAGUAAGAGAUCCAUUAUUUGAAUUAGCUAUAACGAUAUGCAUUGUUCUCAACACCAUGUUUUUGGCCGUCGAACAUCAUGGAAUGAGCAAAAGCGUCGAGCGAGCUUUAGAUAUUGGCAAUAAGGUUUUUACUUCCAUCUUCACUUUUGAGUGCUUCCUGAAAAUCCUAGCGUUAAGCAAAGAUUUUUUUCUGUGCGGGUGGAAUAUUUUUGAUCUUAUAGUCGUAUCUGGUAGUUUACUCGAUUUGAUAUUCGAACUUGUGGAUGGUCUAUCAGUAUUAAGAGGACUUAGACUAUUACGAGUGUUAAAAUUAGCUCAGUCAUGGACGACAAUGAAAGUUUUGCUCAGUAUUAUAAUUUCAACAAUAGGAGCAUUGGGAAACCUGACAUUUGUGUUAGUGAUAGUUAUUUAUAUUUUUGCUGUGAUUGGUAUGCAAUUAUUCUCAAAAGACUACACACCGGACAAGUUUUUUCCGGAUCCUGUUCCCAGGUGGAAUUUCAACGACUUCUUCCAUUCAUUUAUGAUGAUCUUCCGUAUCCUCUGCGGCGAGUGGAUAGAGCCGCUUUGGGACUGUAUGCGGGCUGAGGAGAAAGUUGGGGCUGGAUCUUGCUUUGCAAUUUUUCUACCAGCUCUCGUCAUGGGCAAUUUUAUGGUACUCAACUUGUUCUUGGCGUUGUUGCUCAACAGUUUCAAUAGUGAGGAAUUGAAAAAUAAGAAGGAGGAAGUCGGUGAAGAUUCCAAAUUAGCUCGCAGUUUCGAACGGAUACGAUCCAUAGUACGCAAAAAACGAAGCAAAGAACGUUCAGAAAAUGAGAAAAAUACACAACUUGAACAAAUAGUAUUAGAUCAAGUCGUAGUAAGAAGAAGAAGAAGACGAGAUAACGUUGGAGAUGCUAGAAAAAUUGAUCCAGAAACAAGAUAUUCUAUCAUUUCUACCGGAAUACCGCACGAUCACAUUUAUAGUCACAGUUAUCAUGAAGCCUUGAAAAGACCUGUAUCUGGUUCAGAUUUUCGUCAUAAAUUUGACCAGCAGGAACAGCAAGGUGAGAAAGCUCCAAAUCAACAACAACAACAAAAUGGAGACAAAAAUGCCGGAGCAGAUGUUCAUAGUAGUCAGGAAACUAUAAAGUACAUAUUUCUCGCGAUCUACACCGCCGAAAUGCUGAUCAAGUCGGUGGCCAAGGGUUUUAUCCUGAACAAAUAUACGUACCUUCGGAACCCUUGGAACUGGCUGGAUUUUGUAGUCAUCACAUCGGGUUAUGCGACCAUAGGCCUCGAUAUGGGAAAUCUGGCCGGGUUGCGGACAUUCAGGGUACUUCGAGCACUAAAAACCGUCUCCAUAAUGCCUGGGCUGAAGACAAUCAUAAACGCGCUUCUCCACUCCUUCAAGCAGCUCGCCGAAGUAAUGACACUGACAAUAUUCUGUCUCAUGGUCUUCGCGCUUUUUGCCUUGCAAGUUUACAUGGGUGAAUUGAGGAACAAAUGCGUUCUCGAUCCGCCUGAAUUAUUCUAUUCACCAGAAAUUUACGGUAAUAUAAGCCUGGACAAGGCGUGGCACAAUUGGACGUGGAGUCCAGAAAAUUGGUUAUUGGAUGAAGAAGAUGAACCCAUAUUGUGCGGAAAUCUAACCGGGGCGCGGCACUGCCCUGGCAAUUAUACGUGUUUGUGCGUGGGAGAAAAUCCUAAUAAUGGAUAUACGAAUUUUGAUAAUUUCAUGUGGUCGAUGUUGACCACAUUUCAAUUGAUAACUCUGGAUUAUUGGGAGAACGUUUAUAAUAUGGUAUUAGCAUCAUGUGGCCCGAUGAGUGUGUCAUUUUUCACCGUGGUUGUGUUUUUUGGUUCAUUCUACCUCAUAAACUUAAUGCUCGCCGUCGUCGCGCUGAGUUACGAAGAGGAAGCGGAAAUUACGCAAGAGGAACGUAAAAAAGAUCUUACAGAGCACAGAGAUGAUUCGACGUUUAGCUUCGAUCCUUCAUGUCUAGAUGUACGAAAAUUAGACAAAAAUUCUCAGAAGAGAAUAGACGCCAGGAAAGGCGUCCUUCUAGCUUCGUAUUCCAGGAAAAAAAUGAGGCGGAAGAAAAGAGGAAGACAUGAAGGCAAUGGCGGAAAUGGUAACGGUAUGAGAUCGGCAACACCAUCACCUUCGCCAUCUCCUCGUCGAGACGCAGUAGUAGCCGAAUCACAAGGUGCUCCGCCUCCGCCUCAAAAAUUAUCCCCUGAACCUCAACAAAGGGCUCGAGCUCCCCAAGCACCUAGAGUAGUGCUUUUAUCCGGUGUGAAGGACCAACAAGAGAGAUCUGCUGAUACGCUGCAUCCGUGUCCUCAAUACCGUGGUCAAUUAGGACCUCAUAGCCGUCAAGCGAGUAGUAACAAUAGUGACGGCAAUAAUCGCGAAUCUUCUUUAGAUGACAGUGGUGUAGUCGAUGACCACUGCGAUGAAGACGCUACUAGUGAAGACUUAGCGCCUGCUCAUGUACAUAUAACGCCAGUUACUGUGGCGUUAACAAGAAAAGACGGCCGAAUCGUGCGUUGCAACGGCGUCAACGCGAACAGAAAAUUAAGGAAACAGCAAAUGUACAGCUUGCCGCCCGAAUAUAUGUCGCAAGUUGUAGUUAUAGAUGAUAUACCAGAUCGAAACUGUGCAAGAUGCGUUCAUUGUUGCAUAGAUUAUGCAGGAUGGUUGCAAUUUCAACAAUGCCUCUAUAAUAUAGUAAGAGAUCCGUUAUUUGAAUUGGCUAUAACGAUAUGCAUUGUUCUCAAUACCAUGUUUUUGGCCGUCGAACAUCAUGGAAUGAGCAAAAGCGUCGAACGAGCUUUAGAUAUUGGCAAUAAGGUUUUUACUUCCAUCUUCACUUUUGAGUGCUUCCUGAAAAUCCUAGCAUUAAGCAAGGAUUUUUUUCUGUGCGGGUGGAAUAUUUUUGAUCUUAUAGUCGUAUCCGGUAGUUUACUCGAUUUGAUAUUUGAACUUGUGGAUGGUCUAUCAGUAUUAAGAGGACUUAGACUAUUGCGAGUGUUAAAAUUAGCUCAGUCAUGGACGACAAUGAAAGUUUUGCUCAGUAUUAUAAUUUCAACAAUAGGAGCAUUGGGAAAUCUGACAUUUGUGUUAGUGAUAGUUAUUUAUAUUUUUGCUGUGAUUGGUAUGCAAUUAUUCUCAAAAGACUACACACCGGACAAGUUUUUUCCGGAUCCUGUUCCCAGGUGGAAUUUCAACGACUUCUUCCAUUCAUUCAUGAUGAUCUUCCGUAUUCUCUGCGGCGAGUGGAUAGAGCCGCUAUGGGACUGCAUGAGAGCUGAGGAGAAAGUAGGGGCUGGAUCUUGCUUUGCAAUUUUUCUACCAGCUCUCGUCAUGGGCAAUUUUAUGGUACUCAACUUGUUCUUGGCGUUGUUGCUCAACAGUUUCAACAGUGAGGAAUUGAAAAAUAAGAAGGAGGAAGUCGGUGAAGAUUCCAAAUUAGCUCGCAGUUUCGAACGGAUACGAUCCAUAGUACGCAAAAAACGAAGCAAAGAACGUUCAGAAAAUGAGAAAAACACACAACUUGAACAAAUAGUAUUAGAUCAAGUCGUAGUAAGAAGAAGAAGAAGACGAGAUAAUGUUGGAGAUGCUAGAAAAAUUGAUCCAGAAACAAGAUAUUCUAUCAUUUCUACCGGAAUACCCCAUGAUCACAUUUAUAGUCACAGUUAUCAUGAAGCCUUGAAAAGACCAGUAUCUGGUUCAGAUUUUCGUCAUAAAUUUGACCAGCAGGAACAGCAAGGUGAAAAAGCUCCGAAUCAACAACAAUCACAAAAUGGAGACAAAAAUGCCGGAGCUGAUGUUCAUAGUAGUCAGGAAACUAUAAAACAACUUGAAGAACCAGGAAUUUUACCAGAAGAUGAACAAGCAGUAGCCUCGGAUAAAGGCAAUGGCAAAAGACCCUGGUUGGCUUUGGUUUCUUAUGUUGAUGAUCUGACUGUUGGAGGUCGCAGAGACUCUCAGGGUCAAUAUGCCGAUGGCAUGGGAGGUUUUCCUAGAUUUGGGAGAAAUAAGCAAGCAAAAGUUCCCCAAGAUUGCUUUCCCCAACACUGCUACCAACGUUGUUCUUGUUGGGAAGCUUGUGCUGCUACCGAGACUGGACAGAAGUGGAAUAGAAUCCGGGCGUCAAUUCUUUCAGUUGUUGAUACACCUGCAUUUGAAUGGUUCAUAUUAGUGUUGAUUUUUGCAUCAAGUAUCACAUUGUGUUUUGAAGAUAUUUAUUUAGAAGGGAACAAACCGUUGAUUGAAAUAUUAUAUUGGACUAAUUUGGCUUUCUGUUUAAUUUUUACUAUUGAAAUGGUACUAAAGUGGAUGGCGUUUGGUUUUCAGAAGUAUUUUACGAGUUUUUGGACUAUUUUGGAUUUUAUAAUUGUUUUUGUAUCAGUCUUCAGUUUACUAAUAGAAGAAAACGAGAAUUUAAAAGUGCUUAGAUCUCUUCGCACUUUAAGAGCCCUGCGUCCACUUCGAGCAAUUUCCCGCUGGCAGGGAAUGCGAAUUGUAGUAAAUGCCUUGAUGUAUGCCAUACCCAGCAUUUUCAAUGUACUACUUGUGUGUUUAGUCUUUUGGUUAAUAUUUUCCAUUAUGGGUGUGCAAUUUUUUGGGGGAAAAUUUUUCAAGUGCCUGGAUGACGAUAUGGAAAUAUUGCCUGUAUCGAUUGUAAAUGAUAAGUGGGAAUGCGAGGAGAAAAAUUUUACGUGGAAGAACUCAAAAAUAACUUUUGAUCACGUUGGUGCUGGAUAUCUAGCAUUAUUUCAAGUGGCAACUUUUGAAGGAUGGAUGGAAGUUAUGGCAGAUGCAGUGGAUGCACGUGGAGUAGAUUUACAACCUGAUCGAGAGGCUAAUCUUUAUGCUUAUCUUUAUUUUGUUAUUUUUAUUGUAUGCGGUUCGUUCUUUACUCUUAACCUAUUUAUUGGAGUAAUUAUAGAUAAUUUCAACAUGUUGAAGAAAAGGUAUGAGGGAGGUGUUCUGGAAAUGUUUCUGACAGAAAGUCAAAAACAUUAUUACACAGCGAUGAAAAAGCUCGGUCGGAAGAAACCGCAAAAAGUAAUCAAAAGACCUAUCAAUCAAUUUCUAGCAUUUUUCUAUGAUAUCAGCAACUCCAGAAGAUUCGAAAUUCUCAUAUUCAUAUUAAUAUUUCUAAAUAUGCUCACAAUGGGCAUUGAACAUUAUGGUCAACCAGAUAUCGUGUAUACAAUUUUAGAUGUCAGCAACGCUUUUUUUACAACAGUCUUCAGUUUAGAAGCGAUAGUGAAGAUGAUAGGUUUACGUUGGCAUUACUUUACAGUUCCUUGGAAUUUGUUUGACUUUUUAUUAGUUUUAGCAAGUAUACUUGGUAUUUUAAUGGAAGACAUCAUGAUUGAUUUACCAGUUAGUCCUACACUUUUACGAGUUGUACGUGUCUUCAGGAUCGGAAGAAUUCUUCGAUUGAUAAAGGCUGCUAAAGGCAUAAGAAAAUUACUCUUUGCCCUUGUAGUAUCUUUGCCAGCACUGUUCAACAUUGGUGCUUUGUUGGCGUUAAUAACAUUUAUUUAUGCCAUAAUAGGCAUGUCUUUAUUUGGUCAUGUACGGACCCAAGGCGCCCUCGAUGACAUGGUGAACUUCCAAACAUUUGGACGUAGUAUGCAACUGUUAUUUCGUCUAAUGACUUCGGCAGGUUGGAACGAUGUACUAGAAUCUUUAAUGAUCCAACCGCCGAUAUGCGAUCCAUAUUAUAAUGAAAAUUUCAAUCAAGCACAUCAAGAAGAAGAGAUCGGAAUUGUUGAAGACGAUUUGGAAAUGUUCUAUAUUAGAUGGUCUAAAUACGACCCUCAUGCAACACAGUUUAUAGGUUUCAAUCAGUUAUCAGAUUUUAUAGCAUCAUUAGAUCCUCCUUUGGGUAUCAGUAAGCCUAAUACAGUUGCAUUGGUCAGUUUCAACUUACCUAUAGCCAAGGGCGACAAAAUUCAUUGUCUGGAUAUCUUGCAUGCUUUGGUAAAACACGUGUUAGGUCAUGUUGAAGAAACCGACGAUUUCAGACAAUUACAAGACCAAAUGGACGUUAAAUUCAAAAAACAAUUCCCAACUAGAAAAGAACUAGAAAUCGUAUCAUCUACCAGGCUUUGGAAACGAGAAGAUAAGGCAGCAAGGUUGAUUCAGAAGACUUUUAGAGAGUACGUGAAAUGGAAACAAGAAAGAGAUCGUGAUAAUACGGAAUGCGACGAUGAAGUAACUCAGACCUCCAGUCCUGGUGGCUGGCAAGGCCGCCUCAGCGCCUUCCUGCACGUUCAUCGCGGAUCCAGGGCGAGUUCGCGAAAAAGCUCACGGGCUAGCGAUGCAAGUGAUCUUAGCGAAUUAGGAGGGGCUUGGUUAAAUCUGCCUCUCAUGUUACUGAGUGGAGCAGUGCAAGCAGAAGAUGAUGGAAGUGGCCCAUCCAAAGAUGUCAGUAUUAUGGUUAGCGAGCCUUCACCUGAUGCUUCUUCGCCACCGCUCGGAUCAUCUUUGCAGGCGAAAGAUAAAACUUCGGGUCGACGAAGAAGCUUUUAUAACUUUCCCUUUUUAUUGAAACAUCAAGAUGCCGUUGAGCAUGAAGAUGAAAAUUCACCAACCCGAAUAAGGUCUAAAUCAAAAUCGCCCGAAAAAACUGUCUCCGCAUCAACUGAGAUUCUCCCCAUCGUGAGACGCACAGCCGGCAUAUUAGCCCCCGUAAAUGUCGAUCAGCACGUUAAGAGGGGAAGUCUGAUCCGCAGACGCCCGUUGGAACGCGGCCUGUCGGGUCAACUGCGGCCGAGCGGCAGCUGCCUUCCCGUCUUCCCACUAUCUCAUACGGAACCCGUGGCUAGAACUCCGGACGUCAGUAUUUUAAUUACAGAACCAUCUCCUGAUACUGCAGUACCUCUUAGUACCAUAAACACGCCACAGGAUUCUGACCGAUCUUUGACCGACGAUGUUGUUCCUCCGCCUACGACUGUGGUUCAUGCAUUAGUUCACAGGGAAAGCGAGGAAUAUAGAUCACAAGAAGAUUUGAGGGAUCUAGAGAGGGAAAUUGAUAGUUGA